AUGUCAGGGACGAAGGACUUCACUGUCGAGAUGAGUGAGGUCGCGCCGAACAGUGCUACAGAACAGCAGGUCACGAAGAGAAGUGGAACAGCCAGCGCAGCUCUCAAUGCUGUGUCCUCAUCGAUCUCAGAGUGGACACCGUUCUGCCUCGUUGCAUCGUACUUCGUAUUCUCAACGUGCAUGUACAUGUACUGCAGCGAGGGCCUGAUCGCCGUGUUCUGGUUCAUCUACAUGUGCACCAACUUCUACAUCGCUGGAGCAACUGUUCUUGAGGCGUUCAUGAGUAUCAUGCCCUGUCGCGAAGCAAGAAAGAUUGUCAACCAGGCCGAAGAAAAAGGCUGGCUAUUUCCCACGGCACAUAGCAACCUACCAUUACUGGACAUCAUCAUCGUCGCCUACCUACCGAACGAGAAGGACAUCAUCAUGGACCGUGCCAUGUACGGCUUGGAGCAGCUGGACUACCCUAAAGACAAGAUCCGGAUUAAUAUCCUCUACAACACACCCGUUUCCAUCGAGCCACUGGAGACUGAGCUUCACGGCUUACCCUUGAAGUAUCCACACGCCAGGAUCAUCAAAGUGCCAAACUCGACCUCGAAAGCAGACAACCUCAACUACUUUUUCACUUUGGACACCGGUUCUGAUGUCAUUGCAAUCUACGACUGCGACCACUAUCCGCAUCCAAAUGGCCCUCGUUGGGCCGCCGAGCGCUUCAUGGCUGAUACCGAGGUCGACAUCGUACAAGGUCGAUGCAUCGUUUUCAACUCCCACGACACGCUGCUCACCAGUAUGAUCGCCGUAGAAUUCGACAAGAUUUACGCUGUUUCUCACCCAGGACGAUCCGCAAUGUGGGGCUUCGGUCUUUUCUGUGGCUCUAAUGGUUACUGGCGAACAUCGCUUCUCCGUGAGAUGAAGAUGGACGGCUCCAUGUUGACUGAGGACAUCGACUCUGCGCUACGAGCGUUUUCUCGUGGCUGCAAGACCGUGCAUGAUUUGAACGUUACAUCAUACGAACUUGCGCCCACGACACUCGGCGCCUUCUGGAAGCAACGUCUUCGAUGGGCCCAAGGCUGGGCUCAGGCCUCCAUGCGACAUGCCAAGAUGAUUUACAACGGCGUUCAAGAUCCACUCCACGAGGGUACCAAGCGAGACUUUACAGCCAGGUUUGGCGUUCUCUCGCUUCUGCUCAUCCGCGAGGCUUCGUACUACUUGGUCACGCAAUACACGUGUCUGGUGUUGUCGUUCCUGAUCGUUAAAUUUCCUUCGUCAGGCGAGGAACUGGGAAAGUUGAUCUAUUUCCAGUACCCAGUGUCACAGUGGCUGUUCAUCAUCAGCUUGGUGUGCCUGGUAGCCACGCUUUGGAUCACCAAUCAGGUCAAAUCCGAGUUUGUAUCGAGAAAGAUGAUCAUCUUGUUUUCUAUCACAUACCCAUUCUAUUUGAUAUUGUCUGCAACCAUUGGACUGUACGGGCAUGCUCGACAGAUCGUCAGAUACAGCUCGUGGAACCCGACAGCGAGGAAGUAA